AUGAAGAAAGAGGGAUGUGAGAUCGAAGCAUUCGGCAUCAAUUACACCAUCUACACCCGCCGGAAAGACCUCCUCACCGCCGGUAAGGAUGCUCCCGCCGCAGGAAAAUUCCGGCAGGUGCUGAAAGACGUGAGCCUGACGGCCAGGCCCUGGGAGAUUCUCGGCAUUGUCGGCCCCAGCGGCGCCGGGAAGUCGUCGCUGCUGGAAAUCAUCGCCGGAAGAAUCAGGCCGCAAUCGGCGUCAAUUUUCGCCGACGGGAAGCCGGUGGACAAAAGCCGGUUCAAGAAGCUGUCGGGAUACGUAGCUCAGAAGGACACACUCUUCCCGCUCCUGACGGUGGAGGAGACCCUGAAAUUCACCGCCCGGCUGCGCCUGAAACUUCCGGCGCCGGAAUUUGACCAAAGGGUCAAGUCCCUGAUCCAGGAGCUCGGCCUGAGCCACGUCGCUGGAGUGCGCGUCGGGGACGACAGGGUGCGGGGGAUCUCCGGGGGAGAGAGGAGGCGCGUGUCGAUCGGCGUCGAGGUGAUCCACGACCCGAAGGUCCUGAUUCUCGACGAGCCGACUUCCGGGCUCGACAGCACGUCAGCACUCCAGAUAAUCGACAUGCUGAAAUCGAUGGCGGAAACCAGAGGCCGGACGAUAAUCCUGAGCAUCCAUCAGCCUGGUUUCCGGAUCGUCAAGCUCUUCAACUCUUUCCUUCUGCUGGCGAACGGCUCCGUCUUGCAUCAGGGCUCCGUCGAGCUGCUUGCUGUCAAUCUGAUGCUGAUGGGACUAGAACUCCCUCUCCAUGUCAACGUCGUCGAAUUUGCGAUCGAAUCCCUCGAGAUGAUGCAGCGCCACCAGGGGCAGCAGCCGUCGUCGAUCAAGAAAGUCGUCGACGAAGGGCGUAGCAAAACAGGGAGUUUCACUCUCCAGCAGCUCUUCCAGCAAUCGAAAGUCGUUGAUGAGGAAUCCAUCGACGCAGGGCUUGAUUUCUAUCGAGGCUUUCCGAAUUCGCGAUUCCGGGAGACCGUAAUUCUUACCCACAGGUUCUGGAAGAACAUCUACAGGACGAAGGAGCUGUUUGCCUGCAGGACGAUAUCGGUGCUCGCGUCGGGGAUCAUUUUAGGGUCGAUUUUCUACAACCUGACGGAUGAUUUGCUCGGCACGCAGGAGCGCGUCGGGCUGUUCGCGUUCAUCCUCACGUUCUUGCUGUCGAGCACCACCGAGGCCUUGCCGAUAUUCCUGCAAGAAAAGGAAAUUCUCAUGAAAGAAACCUCGAGUGGAAGCUACAGAGUCUCGUCCUACGCCAUUGCUAACGGCCUAGUUUACCUCCCGUUUCUGCUCAUCCUAUCCGUCCUCUUCGCAGUACCCGUCUACUGGCUCGUCGGGCUGAACCGUAGCUUCGCAGCCUUCGCACACUUCUUGCUGCUCAUCUGGCUGAUCCUCUACACCGCGAAUUCGGUAGUGGUGUGCUUCAGUGCACUCGUCCCCAACUUCAUCGUCGGGAACUCAGUGAUUUCUGCAGUCAUGGGUUCGUUCUUCCUGUUCUCCGGCUACUUCAUAUCGAAGCACGACAUCCCAAAUUACUGGAUAUUCAUGCACUACGCCUCGCUCUUCAAGUAUCCAUUUGAAGGGUUCCUGAUCAACGAGUUCUCAGAUAAAACCAAGUGCUUAGAUAACAUGUUCGGCGAGUGUUUAGUGAGCGGGGAAGAUGUGCUAAGGGAAGAAGGCUAUGGUGGAAAGGAGAGCAGAUGGAGGAACUAUGUGAUCAUGAUAUGCUUCAUUCUGGUUUACAGAUUUGUGUCCUAUUUGAUCCUCAGGUGUAAAUGUUCAGAAUCAGGGAUGAAAGGGAUCCUCAUUUCUAGGUGAAAUCAAAUCCUUCAUCGAACCUAAAACCUCUCUAUUUCCUAAUCUUUAAGCUCUUCUAUCUACCAAUCAGAUCAGCUACGGCGUCAAUGGAAUGAAUUCUCAUGUUUCUCAAUGCUGCAUAGAGUAUAAAGAUUCAGAGAAGCUUAUUCUAGCAUAUGUAUGUAUGUAUGUAUGUAUAAUCGAUUGAAUUGUGAUACGAGCACUUUUUCAGAA